AUGGCAUACCAAUUUCACUCCACCAUAAACACCACUCCUACCACACCCUCAUUUCCAUCUUUUCCAUGGGAAAUUUUUACACCUUAUUAUUCCAACACUCAUGUUUCAUCAUCAUCUCCAACUUUAUAUGUAAAUCAUAGAUAUUCACCACCUACACCUUAUAACCCAUAUCCAUCUCAUUCACAUAUUUCCUCGACCUGCUACAACAAUCUUUACGAACAACCAGUGAUUUCUCCCAUAGCAACAUCACACACACACCCUAACUCCACCAACAUUAGUUUUCAUACUUUUCAAAACCAAUCAAACGACCCUCACACACCUACCCCUUACCAGUAUCACAUCCACCCUUCACCCACCCAAAUUUUAGUCAAUAAUCCUUACCAGUAUCACACCCACCCUUCACCCACUCCAAUUCCAGAACAAAAUCAAUCAUUCACUCAACAACAAACUCAAACUUAUUCAAAUGAUUUUCAAGAGCUUUUCCAAAAGUUGCAUCUAGCUGAAGAAAAAUAUAAGGAUGAAAAGAGAGCUAUUGAUGAAAAAUAUCAAACCUCUUUUCGAUCUUUCAAGCAAAGAUCUCAAACAAUUUCACAAAGCUGCAGAGAAAAUCAAAAAAUUAUUGUUGCCACUACACCAGAAAAACGGGUUGCUGAGGAAGAAACUGAGGUCACAGUUAUUACUUCAGAAAAGAAAUUGUUUCAGAUGACAUUUUUGGCGUCUUCUCCGACAACACUUCCGGUGUCUUAUCCGACAUCAUUUAUGACGUUGCAGGCUCCGACGACAACCCCGGUGUCUUCCCCGGCAACACUCUCGACUCCGGCCACAGUCCCGACGUCUCUGAUAUCUCCUAUGUCACUUCUGACGACAACCCCCAUGUCAUCUCCAGCAAAAUUAUCAUAUUUGAAACAGCAUCCGACGACAUCUCCGACAUUGUUACCAGAACCACCAGAUCCGCCAUCAUUUAAAAAAACAAAAGAUGAAUCCUUGAAGUCUAAGGAGGUAUCUUCUUUCCAUGACAACUCUUUAAACAAUACACCUGUUAUUGUUGAGGAAAACCCAGGAAAAAAAUCACAAAAAUUUUCGGUUAAGCCAAAUAUGUCUCCAUCAGCAAAACAACCAAAAAAUAAAGGUUCAUGUUUAUUGUUGAUUUCAUUCUUUCCAUUGCUUCUGAAACCAUUGGCUUCCUAUCAACUUGCUAUUCGAGUAACCAACUGUACUUUUGUUGCUUGA